AUGUCUGUCCUGCGGAGAGUGCGUGACAGUAGGAUCAGAAAAGCUACAGCGACAUUUUCAAGGAAGAAGACACGUGCAUUAGCCACAGAAGUUUCAGAUAUCAAUGGAAUGGAGAAGACCCAUGCUCUCCGAGAGAACGAGAAUGGUGUGUCGGAUAGGGGUAGUAAAAAUGAAGAAUCACGGCAGAGGCAUCCCGCGUCGCCAAAAAUAGUGCCGUUGGUCGAAUGCGUGAAUGCGCUCUCACUUGAAGACUUUAUUAAUCGCUACAUACCCCUUCGAAUCCGGGACUUCACUAUAUCAGUUCCAUGCCGAACACCGGCCGUCAAUGGCCAGGAACUAUACGAAACCUAUUCAAUUGAAAUACAUUCAUCGACCUCGAUAUCAAAGACCGAUCUCGAGUCAUGCUUUUUGCUGGUGAAGCUUACCAGCUCGGAGAUGUACAAACAUUCAACCACUGGAUGGUCACCUGCGAAAAAGAAAAACGAAAUGAAACUUCUGGAUAUGCGGUAUAUGCUUCUGGUCCGUAACACCACUCCUACUACUUGUCCUCCUGCUACCGAAUCGGUGUCCCUCAUACACAUGGAUGAGAAGUCACAAACUCCUGAAACUGGCAGGCGGGAGCUUGGAGGAUUUCUAUCCUUCAUGGUUACAUACGAAGAUGAAAUUGAAGUACUAUAUUGCUACGAAAUUCACCUUGCACCGGAGCUACAGCACAGGGGAUUGGGGAAGAUACUUCUUGGCUAUUAUGAGGAGAUAGGACGGAACAUCGGGUUGCAAAAGACCAUGUUAACGGUUUUUAAGGCCAAUGGGUCCGCUAUUCGCUUUUAUGAACGGCUGGGAUACGCGGAAGAUGAGUUUUCUCCUAAACCGAUGAACCUCAGGAAUGGGCAUAUUAGGGAAUAUGAUUAUAUGAUAUUAUCGAAGGACAUUGCUAGUACACAGACGACAAUGAAGAAUGACAAGAAUGAUAUCGGUGUUGUAUGGUGA